AUUUGGCACAAUGAGUUUUGUUACGCCUUGAGGCGUGUUGUUACUCUAUUGAGUGCGCACGAAACUGCGCAGGUGUGCACAUCAGAUGGGUUUGUUGGAGUAUUCGGUAGUUAGUAGAAUAGAGACACGUAACGCAAAUGGUAUCCUCUAGUACUACUGGUAGAACUGAAGGCCAAGAAAGCAACAUCAGUAAAAUCAGCGCCAUGUUUCCAACAACGUUUAGUGCUGUGAUUUUCGUUGCUUAUAUGGCGUUAUUUGUAAAUCAAGGUAUAUUAGUUACUUCCACAAAAGAUGAAAAUAAUGAGUACCAUUACAAUACCACAACCGUAGUGCUUUUUACAGAAUGUCUCAAAUUGGUACUAGCAAUAUGUUUAUAUUUAAGAGAAAAUACAUUUUCAUCAAUGUUCACAGAAAUUCUGAAUAACAAAAGAGUAUUUGUUUUAUAUUUUGUACCAGCGGGUCUUUACUGCUUAUACAAUAAUUUACAGUUUGUAAAUCUUGCCGUGUAUGAUCCUACCACCUAUUAUCUGCUACUUCAGUUUCGAGUUGUCGUCACUGGAAUAAUUUUCCAGUUUUUAUUCAAUCGAGUUCUGAGCUCUAAACAGUGGUUUUCCUUACUACUUCUAACACUAGGAUGCGUUAUCAAACACCUCAAGCAAGAUGUUACGAUGAAAGACUUGGUAUCAUUCGGUGGCGAAUCCGUCAGUUUCAAUAUUGGAAAGAAUAUUCUCCUUAUGCUUGUUCAGAUAUUCUGUUCAUGCUUUGCGGGAGUCUAUAAUGAGUAUCUUCUCAAAGGUAAAGAAGGUUCAGUCAGCAUUUGGGUGCAGAAUAUUUUCAUGUAUUGUGAUUCCAUUGUGUGUAACCUGUUUAUGCUAAGCUGUAUCGGCGGCAUUUCUCGUGCCUUCAGCGCAAGUAGUUUACAAUCAAUCUUCCAAGUGAAAGUUAUAGCAAUUAUAUUAAACUAUGCAGCCAUAGGUAUAGUCACUAGUCUGUUUCUGAUGAACCUCAAUUCUAUUUUAAAAACAUUUGCAAGCGCACUCGAGUUGAUGUUUACAGCGGUGCUAUGUUGGAUUAUCUUUGAUAUUCAAAUCGAUAUAUUCACUAUUGUCGCCAUCGGAGUGGUAUCCUAUGCAGUGUACAUGUAUUCUACGAAUCCUGUUAUAAACACAUCCUGUGUGCAGGAGAAAAAGCUAAAAAGAAAACAGUCUGAACUUGAUACAAAUUUCAGGGAUGAUUUCAAUAGCGAAGAGAAUGAAGAUAUUAUCUGA